GCUACAGUUGUACAUCGGUGUAGUUCCAUGUUCUGCUGCUAGGGGGCGGUGUAGGUUACCAUGCUGGUACAGUAACAUGGCGGUCUGAUGUCAGUCAGCAUAAUGCGAGUUUUAGCAAGCGGAGUCGGUGGAAACAACGCGGGCGAUGUUUAUAUUUUGCCGUUCAAGAAAGAAUAACGGCUGGUUUCAUAUGUUCGGUAUGUCUCAACGGCUCCGGUGAUCUUCCACGGCGUCGUACCCGGUAGCGGAGUUUGGGAUUCGAUCCCGAGUGGCCAGAUUCUAGCUUCCUGGAUUCGGUACGAGGCUUUUCAGCCUUCGCCACCGAGGAAGAAGCCUCAAUUCCAUGCAGGCAGCAAAGUCAGAGUGAGAAGAAACUUGCUCCAUAGGUGAGGAGGCAUCUGACAAGACCACCACAGCACAAGACACCCAGGGCCUAUGGAUCCCAUUGACUCUGGACAAGGGCCAGAGAAGUCGUCGGAGCAGUGUUGCAAUUUAUCACCCAGCUCUAAAGGACGGCAACGGAAGAUUAAUCCAAAAUAUUCAGACUAUGAAAUCGAUGGCAUGUUUGGGGGCACAGAUGGGCAAAAACGACAUAGAAAGAGCCCAGUAGGAGCAAGGGAAGCAGCUUCUAAAAAGACUCCGGCAAAGAGGGGAAAAGCUAAGAAUGCCACACAACAGACAGAAGAUGGGGAAAAAGAAGCAGCUGACGAAAUACCUCAAGAGUGUGAUGGCAAAACCUCACAGGAAACUCCUAAAAAGGCAGUGAGAGCCAGGAAGACCCCGACAAAAAAGACUCGAGCCAGGAAGACUCCAGCUAAAAGAACUCCUGCCAAAAAAACUCCCGCCACCGAUGGGGGCCUUGCAACUGGGGAGGGUGGAAUUGUAGUUACCGUGCAGCAGGAAAAUGGGACACCGAAGCCAAAGAGAAAGUAUGUGAGGAAGCUGCCUGCACCGGAACCAGUUCCAGAACCACCAUGUCAGGAGGCUCAAGGGGAACCCGAGGAGGAGACCACACCGAGCGGGCGCCACAGGAGAGGCGCUGCUAAAGCGGCAUUGAAGUACCUUCACAUUUUUGCAAAAGAAGCGCUUAGUCAUCCCAAUGAUGAGUCAGGCUCUCCGGCAGAGGACAACGAUGAUAUCACUCGCAAACACUCGGUCAAAGAGCGGAAAAGUCUCAAAGGACGCAAAGGCCGAAAGAGGAAACGUCCCGACUCCGACACCGAUGCUGCAGAAGAUGAGGACUUUGUUCCAGGUGUUGAAGAAGAUGACGAGGUUGUUGAAGAAGAAGAAGAAGAAGAAGAGGACGAAGCAGAGGACUCAGACUCAGAUUUGGGGGCGGGUGGAAGAAGUCCAGCAACGUUUUACGUCAACAGAUCCCAUGCAGGCUCGAAAACCAAAACCCCCAACGGCCUCUUCACCAGCACCAUGAAAGUAGUUUGGGACUUCACUGACACGACCAAGAAGUUCCGAGAGGAGCACUACAGCAGCUGGGUGUUCCCAGAGUGGGUCCCCUCCAGCAGUCACUGGCACCCUGUACCACAAAGUGAUGUGGAGAAAUACCUGCCUCAGGAGCUUCAGUCGGCUGCUUUCAGAGUGUCUAGAGAAGGCCUCAGUAAGGAGGAGACGCCUCUGCAAAGACUCAGCAGGUUCACGGCAGUGCCUUCUCACCCGGAUCGCUGGGACAUGUUGCUGUAUGCCGGUGGGCCGGUCUGGGCCAUGGAGUGGUGUCCUACACCUGACGGUGCUCCGGCAUCCCAGUACCUCGCUCUGUCCUGCCAUCGAGGGAUGGACGACCAGCACUAUGUCAACAAGAUGUACUCCGGAUCUGGACUCAUUCAGCUGUGGGACUUGGGCACGCUGGAGUACGACACCAGACCGGACACCCAGCCAGCCUUGGCCUAUGGCUUGGCCCAGGACAAAGGCUUCAUCUGGCAACUGAAGUGGUGUCCCGCUGGAGGCUGGGAGCUUCCCAGCUGUGGCAGAAAGGCUCCGUUCCUGCCCAGACUGGGUCUUCUGGCAGUUGCCACCUCCACUGGGGUGGUCACCAUUUACAGCCUGCCCCACCCAGAUGCUCUGCACUCCAACAGGAAGCAAGCUAACUCUGGAAAAGCCAGCGACCAGUUGCCGAUAUACCAGGCACGGGGCGUGUUAACACUGAAGCUGGGCUCCUUCAAAGCCCCUCGCCAUCAGAUGAGUGGACAAGUCCUGUCUAUGGAUUGGUUGCCUCAAAAACCACACAAUAUAAUGGCUAUUGGAUUUUAUGAUGGUGUAGUAGGUCUUUGGGAUCUGACCACCAAGUCUUCGCUGUUGCGGGUGCGAGAGCCAGGCGAGUCACUCAGCCUGCUGCCCUAUCGAUGCCUCCUGGCUCACGACCACGCCGUCCGGGCCCUGGCCUUCUGUCCCGCCUCCAGAUACUUGUUGGUGACAGCCGGAGAUGAUCGCUAUGUGAAGACAUGGGACCUGAGGAGGCUCCAUGAUCCCAUCACUGUGCAGAAACGCUAUCUGACCAAUGAGAUCUAUUGGCCGCUGAAUGCACCUGGCCUCUUUUUGGCCCAGGAGAACGCCUAUGCACCGUAUGCUUCACAGGGAGUGCAUUACUUUGACCAUAACAUGCGCGCCAUCUUCGCAAUUCCUCGAACAGGCACUGUGUGGUCCUUGUCUUACACUGACUGGAUGAACAGUGUGGUGACAGCAGACAGCUUUGGUGAGGUGAUCUUCUCCCUGUUACCUAAGAUAUGCUUCACUCCUCAAUACCUCAAACGGACGUUAGAGAGACGUUUUCCUGUCUACAUUACAACUCUGUUGGCUCGUGAUACAAGUGAAGAAGAGAAUCAAGAGAUGGGAGGAGUGGAGGACGGACACGCUGUUGAAGAGAAGGAAGGAGGAGAGACAGAAGGACCGGAUGCUGAAUCUGAAGGAGGGAAUGAACACGAUAAUAGAAAUGGAGGAGGUGGCGAAAGAGGUACAAAUGAUAGCGUUCCCCCUCUGCGGUUCCAGACGUACAAAGAGGCUGUGAAGAGAUACUGCCUCCUCCAUACAGACUUUAAUAUGCGGACCUUCAAAGGAAGCGAGAAGCAAGCUGUGUGGAAACACAUGAAAGACACUGAGCUGAAGAGAAAGCUGAACCUGGAUGAGUUGCCUAUAGCUGCACUACACAAGGUGCGUUUCAACCCGAACAUGUGCUGCCAUACCUGGAUGGCGUCCGCGGGCCAGACGGGGCUGGUCAGACUAAACUGUCUGAGGACUAUGAUCAGCGCUCAUGCCAAGAAGAUAAUAAGCGAGAAUCAGGCCCAGUUCAACGCACUGUACUCUCCGAAAGAGCAGAAGGAGGCCAACCAAACUGUGACGGACGAGCUAUAGCAAGAGUUCACAACGGAAUCAGAAGGUGGAUCACAAAAACACAAAGCCUGCAAAAAGUUUUUUUUUUUAAAGAAUGAUAAAAAAAAAAAUACAGUAUACUGUAUACAUUUGCUGUUUUUAAACUGGGUUUAAUCCUGUUUCAAGUGUUCCAAAGGCCAGCGAGGAUAUCAAACAAUGAUUGAUUUGCGGGUUUUGUGGCAUUUCUUCAACAGCAGGCUCAAUAAUACUCUUUCAUGAACUCUGAACCUGUUCUUCAAAUUCUGCCUGGAAGUGCUCCAGGUUAAUUGAGAACCACAGCUAAGAGUUUCAAUCUAUACCCUCACCAACUCCACGCUCUUACGCUUAAGUUUCCACAAACUGAACACAUUUUAUGUAGCACCGAAUUAUUAUCUAGAGUGACAGUUUAUUUGCUUCCAAGAAGUUUCAGGAGCUGGCAGUUAAGUGCCUUGCCUAAAUGUCCGACUAUUAGCAUUUUUCCACCUUUAUGAUUAUUGAUUCCAAAUGGGUCAAGUAGGGUUUUCAGUUGCUCCAGGUUCUCUUAUUUAGCAUACAAAUUGCAAACAUGGCAGUAUAUCCAACAACUUGAAAUUUGAACAACAAUACCUCGUUUUUUUUUUAAUAGAUGGCAACUACAAAAUCUUGUUUUUGCUGACCUCCAUAGGUUACAGUUGUGUAAAGUGAUGUAGAAGUGUACUUUGGGGUGUGUCAGUACAACGUGACAUCACUUUAGGGUGUGGUUACAGAUGCGACAGACGUGAAGCUUUUGUUUGUCAUUCUAAAAAAGUGAAUACAUUCAAAGUACCAACAACAGGCAUUUUUCUACUUCUGUUGUUAUAAUGCAAAGCAGGCAUGACUCCUUUGUUUUCUAUAUGUCACUAGUUGGUGCAGAAAUUCAAGCUCCAGUGUUUCUGGUCACAACAUGGAAGAUAUGAAGGACUGAGUUGCAAAAUGUGAGAAACUGGGUAAACGUAAAGCCUUCAGGCCUUUUCUCGUAACUUAUUUUAGCAAAGUUGUUAUUUUGUAAUCCGCGAGACAUUCCAGUUUGUUAAUUUGUGUCCGCAGCAGCGAGCGGCCGUUUGGUCGAUCAAAACCACAGUGUCCGAAGCCCAACGAUCAUUACAAUGUGUGCUAGUGUUGGUCCCAGACCUUUUUUUUUUUUUCAGUGCCUUAAAGAUAAACUUUCUAAUUUUGUCCCCAUAAGUUUCAAAACAUCAACCGCCAGCUGGGAAACCUUGUAUCUAUAAAGGAAUAGUUCACCCAAAAACAAUAGAAAUAGUUUCCAGCACUAACUUCCUCCCAGCUCCCAGUGGUCCCAAAAAAAAAAAGACGGAAAAACAGGUCAUUAAACAUCCGACAAAACGUUCCUUCCUGUGCAGCAUUAUCCAAGUGUCUGGUAUAUUUGUGGGCUCAUGGAUAUCCAAACACAGCUAAUGUAUUUUUGCUAAACAAAGCAUUUUUGAAUUAUUAUUUCUUAUUAUUUCUGUGACUGGGAAAUGCAUUGUUUAGCAAUAGUUCAGCAAAAAUUGUUUGGAUUUCCAUGAGCCCACAAAUGGAUACAAGACACUUGGAUAACGCUGCACGGAAAUGUUUCUGGACGUCUUUCCGACACUUUAUAACCUCUUUUUGCCGUUUUUUUGGUUCGGAAAUGUUUUAAUUUUUCGGGGCUCCGCUCUCCUAAAAGCCAUUUGAUAAAGAAAACCAUAGAGAGCGAGGCGAGAGUUGAGUACCACUGUCUAUACAGUCUAUAUAGUUUUUGUGUGAACUACUCCUUAAAGCUCAUUUUUUCCUGAUUUAUAUUUGUAAUUGCUAUUUUUCUAUUUUAUCAUGUCAAGAACAACUCAGGCUAUAACUGAGGGGAAAUACUUGAAACUUUUUUAAUUGCAACUGCUGGAUGUAAUCUUUAUCAGUGACAGAUUGUAGUUUUUUUUUUUUUCAUUGUUCUUUUAUUUACUUGUUGAACGUAUUCCUGCUGUUUUUUUUCUGAUGAUUCAAAGGUUUUGAUCAGUUAUUUAAUAAUUAGAACAGCUGUACUGGGACAUGACCUAAUUUAUUAUUCAGUGUCUACGAAACAUAUUGGGAAAUGUUCCAGUUGUUUACAGACGCAGCGGUCUCUUUUUUUUUAGAGGUUGUGUACAACGUGUUUUUUUUCUAAGUUAAAUUAGGGGUUUGAAAAUGUCAGGCUUGUUUAGUUUCUUUCAAUUACAAAUCUCGACAGUUUCAGAAUGAUGUUGAGUCAUGAAACAUGUUUCCUGACUGACAACAUUAUCAUUAACUUGUAAAUCAUAAAAAUGAUCAUAAAAGCAUCAAAAUG